AAAAAUGUUUUUUUCUUGCAAUCGAAGCUAUCUUUUUUCUUCAACUUCAAUAAAAACCCAUCUUUGAUUCUCCGUUUCAUUUCUUCAACUCAUCCGCCACCCAAGAAAAGACCCUGUUUUCCCUUUCCAAAAAAUAUAGCUAUGGGUAGUGAAAGUACUUUAGCUAUCGUUCCAGGAACAACUACGGCGGCGCCGGCGGUGAAGACUGGAGGUUCAGCGACGUCUUUAGCACCUGGAUUUCGAUUCCAUCCAACAGACGAAGAGUUGGUUAGCUAUUAUUUGAAAAGACAGGUUUCCAACAAGCCUGUUAGGUUUAAUGCUAUUGCUGAAGUGGAUAUGUACAAGCAUGAACCUUGGGACCUUUCAGACAAGUCAAGACUGAAAACCAGAGACCAGGAGUGGUAUUUUUUUAGUUUAUUGGACAAGAAGUAUGGGAAUGGGGCAAGAUUGAAUAGGGCCACAAACCAUGGGUACUGGAAGGCCACAGGGAAGGACCGAGAGGUCCGCCACAAUUUGCAGCUUAUUGGGAUGAAGAAGACGUUAGUCUUUCAUAAUGGGAGAGCUCCAGAAGGGUUGCGAACCAAUUGGGUUAUGCAUGAGUACCGACUAGUUGAAGAAGAAUUGGAAAAAAUUGGGGCAUUGCAGGCAUAUGUGCUGUGUAGAGUAUUUCAUAAGAACAAUAUAGGACCACCAAAUGGAAACCGAUAUGCACCUUUCAUUGAGGCAGAAUGGGAUGAUUGUUCGGCAGCUGUGGUUCCGGGAGUAGAUGCUGGGGAUGAUGUUGUAGCUGGUAAUGAUGUGAUAGCCAGCGAUGAUAUGGUAGCUGCUGAGAAUGCAGUGAUUGAAACCAAUGUUGUUCAAAGGAUUGGUUUGGAGCAGGACAUUCAAAAUGCUGAUGAGGAUGCUCCACCUAAUGAUGAAGUUCCGGGAGAGUCGCCAAAUGAGAGGACAUAUCCUUUGUUACUGCCAUGCAAGAUUGAGAGAUCAGAUGAUUGCCCUCCACUUUGUGUGCUUAAUAGAGAAGCACCCUUACCUCUACUCCAGUAUAAGAGAAGGCGGCCUAAUGAUUUGGGUUUCAACCUUGCAAAUGUUUCUGAGAAUUCUACUAGAACAACUCAGGAUCAUUGUUCAUCUACAACAACAACAGCAGCGACAACCACAACAUCACCAUCGUCGGCAACAACAACAGCAAUUUCUGCACUCUUGGAAUUUUCUUUAAUGGAAUCUAUAGAGCCCAAAGAGAAGCCUCAUGUUCCUAUGCCCACAUAUGGUACCGCCAAUCUAGAUUCAGCGGUGCCUCCUAACUGCAUGAAACUUAUCAAUGAAUUGCAGAAUGAGAUCCACAAGAUUUCUGUUGAGAGGGACACAUUGAAGCUUGAAAUGAUGAGUGCUCAAGCUAUGAUUAACAUUCUCCAGUCAAGAAUAGACUUCCUUAGCAAGGAAAAUGAGGAUCUAAAGAAGAGCAACCGGGAUGCAUAGCAUGGGGAGGCCAGGUACUUUUCUGGUUUCCUCAUUUCCUUAUUGUUGCCUUUAUUCAUGUAUGAAUUGUUGUUCGCCAGAACGAUUGUAGAAUUCGGAUGGCAGUAGCAUUUGGUUUGUUGAUGAACAAUGUUGUAGCUUUCCUCCUAAAUUAAGCCCUAGUUGAUGAUACAUUUUAAAUCUACCCUAAUUUUCCCUUCUCAAACAAAUAAAGAACGAUGAUCUCAUUUUUAUAAGCUAAAUUUCAUGAUCAUGAUUUCAACUGUUAUUUAGUUUCCUAGAACUCAAACCUCUAAACUCCCAUGGGAGUUGAAACUAUAGGUUUUUUUUUUUUUUAGUGAUAAGGGGUUUUUAGCUUUAUUUCAGUACAUUCAUUUCCCGGACCAGUUUAAGUAGAUUUAUUUACAUUGAUUUUAGCAAAUUUUUGAGAAAUUACUUUUCACAAUUUCUUUAAGUAGAUUUAUUUACGUCGAUAAUAGCAAAUUCUUGAGAAAUUACUUUUCACAGUUUCUUAAUAGAUUUAGAUUCAAGCAACCAAGAGAGAAACACAUUUUUCAAGCAACAAAGAGAGUAGCAAAUUCUUUUGCCACUUGAGCCAAACAUCUGUUAGUAAGAAUAAUUAUGAAUUAAUGUUUUAAAGAGAUUUGUAAUAAGAAUAUAGCUGAGAGAG